CCGUACAAUAGUCGUGUGUCCGGGGUAUAAAAGAAGCUAGCUGACUGAGCUAAGAUCAUAGUUUAAUCCAUACGUUCUUCAACACAGACCUCUUGGUAAAAAUUCAACAAUCAACCUUCUGUUCAAAAUGUUCAAAUUGGUGGUUUUGUCGACUGUUUUGACCCUUGCGGCUGCCCGUCCAGGAUAUAGUUUUGCACCAUUUGCGUACCACGCACCGGCUUUGAUCGCUAAACCGGAAAUCUAUUAUGAAAAAAGUAUCAUCGCAGAACCAGCAGUCGCACAUGUAGGAACCGUCGUAAAGCAUAUUCCAACGGCCGUUUCCCACCAGAGCUCAACCGUAGUGCAUAGUGCGGCCAAGUACGUUGAACCAAUCUACGCGCCAACUGUUAAGCACUCCGUCGUAUCGACGCCAGUGAUCAAAACGGCUUACCAUGCUUUACCUGCCUACGCGUAUGCUCCAGCACUGCAUUUCGGACAUUAUUAGGACUCAACCGGAAGAAAGCCUCAAAACGGAAAUAGCACUUUUGCGUUUAAAUUCUGACUGUUUUAUUUCGUUGCAAAACCUGGCAGAAUUCGUGAUAUACUAAUUAACUCCACUUAUACCCGUUGAUCGCUGCAACUAACGGCGAAAGUGAUCAAAACCGACAGUGUGUGUGAAUGUUCAAAACAUUUGCAGUGAUCCAACCGAUUAUGGCGCAAUGUUCUAGCUUCUUUUGUUCACUUUGAUUGUUGGUGAAAGAUGAGAAGCUAGAUUGGAAAGCUGCGAAUAAAAAGUGAGCCAAAAAGAUAAAA